CUCCUCUGUGAGCUAUCAAAUGUGCAUUUGUCUUUCUGUGCUAAUCAUCAACCCUAUAACCAUUACAGCUCAGCUCCGGACUGGCUUACUGAUCUGGGCUGGGUGCUUCAGCCACACCCCUCCCCCCACCUGGAGUUAGAAACAGACCCUGAUGUUUUGAACCACUAGCCUCUGCCCUUGUGUCUCCUUCUUCCUGUUAAAGUGCCAGGUGGUCCUGAGGACUGGAAGUUACUCCCCUACAUCGGCUUGAACUAACUCCAUUCCAGGUCGCCAAGGGGCGUGGCCCAGCUGUUCCCCCUGAGAGCCGAAGGGGAAGUGGUUCCUGGGCGGGCGCAAUCUCCAAGCAGAGAGCGAGAAAUCGAAACUUGAGCUGUUAAAACUGCUGCCCCAGUCCUUGGAAAUCAUUCCUUCACCCUGCCAGGCCCGCAUCCCUCCUGCAGCGGCGGCGGUGCACAGGGAUCUGGGCGCUCCCAGCCAUGAGCACACCCAGCAAGGUGCUGGGCUCUGGGCUCCGCGGCUCGCCCGCCGUCCCGGGAAACCAGGACCCGCGUGGGUACCGCGGGGAGCUCAGCUCCCUGCAGGGCAACAGACCGAAUUUGGAGGCACCCCGGAACUCGGCGCAGGACUCUCAGCAGCUUGCGGGCCAGAGCACAGGUGCAUACACCAUGAUACCACCAAAUGAAAAUCGGCGAAAUCAGAUAAAAAGGAUUGCUGAGCAAGAGCUGGCGAACCUGCAGAGGUGGAGAGAAGAGAACAGAGCUAAGCCAGUAUACCUGGAGCCCACGCAGCUGGGUGGGAGCCAAGGUGAGAAGGAAGUCAGGCAGAGGCAGCAACUCCAACUAACGCAAUCAAAAUACCAGCUCAAGCUGAAAAGAGAAGAAUCUGCAAGAAUCAGGAAGGCAGCAGAAGAAGCUGAACUGCAAAAAAUGAAGGCAGUUCAGAGAGAGAAGAGCAAUAAGCUAGAAGAGAAGAAACGACUUCAAGAAAAGCUUAGAAGAGAAGCCUACAGAGAACAUCAGCAGCGUAAAACCGCUGAGUUCUUGAGCACACUGGACACAGGAUUGCCAGACAGAAGUGCCAGCCAAAUUGCUCCUCGUGAUCCACUAUCUUCAACAUGGGCCAGGAGCCGGGCGUAUAAGGAUUCUCUCAGGGAGGAAGAAAACCGACAUUUGCAAAGGAUGAAAGAUGAACAGCGUCAGAAGAGUGAAUUACUGGAACUUAAGCGACAGCAGCAAGAGGAAGAAAGAGCCAAAAUGCACCAGUCUGAACAAAGGAGGGUAAAUAAUGCUUUUCUGGACCGACUCCAAGGCAAAAGUCAAGCAGGUGGCCUCGGGCAGGCUGCAGGCUGUUGGAAUACGAAUAGUGGUAACAGCUGGGGUGAAUGAGAAAUGUUCAUUCCCAUCUGGCCUUCGUCAACUGACCUUGAAAAACCUCCUGUGAUGCCAUUCUUUAAUGUGAUUUUGUUCAACCUCAGUGUCUUUAACCUUGGUUUCUGCUGCCCACACACUCUCCUCACCAGGCUGGGACGAUAGGCGUCUUCCUGUCAUCACGGAUGCGUGGUUUUAAGAACUGAUUACGGCACUUAUAGUUAACCUCCACUGCCAGGGAAAUGUUAUGUUAUUUUCCUAAUUGGUUUUGCCUGUUAGUGGAAGAGUAAUUGGAGCAUUGUUAAUAUGACAAAGAAGGGGGGCAAUCCCUUGAUCCACUCAGGUUAGUAAAACCUGUGGGUGCUAGCAGGCUUAUCUCUCUAAGCCACUGAUUCUCUGGUGAGGUUUGAGGAAAUUCUAGGGCUUUUUGAUAUUUUCCUGAAUUUAUAGUACAAAUAUCACCAAAAGAAGAAAUGUCUUAUAUUCUUUUAAAUGAAAUAUAAAUAAAUCUUGGUCACUUUAUAUAAAUUAGUUGCUUUAUUAAACAGCUCUUGAAUUUUUAUUCUCUUGAGGGGGGUCUCAUUUUAAUAUUCUCCUUUAAGGUCCGUGUUGUGCAGGUGUGUGUUUAGCAUGGUGAUGACAUCAUACUUGGGAUGCUCACGUCCUAUCUCAGAGCACUGCUGUUGUGUUCUUGCUCUUUUGCUUCCAAUUAGAGCUUCCUGCCAGUGCACAUCUGGGAGACAGCAGGUGGCAGCUCAGAUAUUUGGCUUCUUUUCUAGAAACAGAUAGGAGUUCCUGGCUCUUGGUUUUGGCCUGGUCCAGCCCUGACUCUUAUUUAGGGAGAAUGAAUCCAUAAAUGGAAGAUCUUUCUCUUUCAAAUGAAAUGAAACUAGACAGAAACCACUGUGAUCAUGAUUAGAUCUUGCUUUGAUCUUGAUUUACUUACUAGUGUUACUCUCCUGAUGCUUGCAAUGGGACAGUUUAUUUCCUAAAAGGUUUUUUUUUUUUUUAAUGAAAACCAACUGGACACAGACAUUGACGGCUUAUGUGGCUUGUGGGUGUUUUAGAAACUUGCUGCUGCUUUGCUAUUUUCUAUUGCUCAUUCGAUAGACUUUUCUGUUUGCUUCCGUGACCUUGAACAAGUGCAUAUACUGUAGAAUACAAAAAUAUUGAUUUUU